AUGUCCUACGAGCAUUCAACCCGUCACAUCGGCCCUGCGACGCCAAUUUUACACGCUUGUGCUUAUCAACUGAAUUACCUGUUCUGUCCCUGCAAUCCCAUCACCACCAUCACCAACUGGGAACUUGUUGUUGUGUCCUUUGAACCUCACCAUCGUCAUUACCAUCGCCACCGCCUCUCAUCGCCUUUUGCACACCAAUACGCAGUUGAGGCCUUCAUAUGUGACUCCUUCGGCCGGGAUGCUUGGCUUAAGAUCAUCAAGCAGGCUCACGUGGACUGCAAUUGGGUGUCCUCGUGCCCCUAUCCGGACAAGGUCACGUAUGACCUGGUUAUCACUGGAGCGAGCAUUCUCGGCGUGACGGUGCCGCAGGCUCUAGAGGCGUACGGCCAGUACUUUGUGAAUUAUGUCAUCAAGCAGGGGUACACGCGUCUGCUGCGGAGCCUGGGCAGCAAUAUCGCCGAGUUCUUGGCGAAUUUGAACAACCUGCAUCUGCACCUGACCAUGGGGUUCCCCUCUAUGGUGGCCCCCGCAUUCCGGGUGGAGCAGGUCACGAGCACGUGUCUGCUGCUGCACUACCACUCCAUCCGCCCCGCGCUGUGGCCCAUUGUGAGCGGGGUGCUGAAGGGCGCCUCCAAGUUCCUGUUCGACCAUGGGGUGGAGUUGGAGCUGGUGGCCAGCAGGGAUGCGGGCGACUGCGACCACGAGAUUUUCCGGGUGACGUACCCACACCAGGAGUCGCUCGCACAUUGGGACAAUCACGGUGCCGCGCUGGCGUCGUCGUACAGCAUGACUAAGGAGUUUUUCUACGAGAUGUUUCCCUUCCACAUCAUCCUUGACCGCGACUGCCGCGUUGUGCAGUGCGGCCGCGUUAUGGCGCGCCUGUUUGGCAAGACACUGACCCGUGGGUCGCCUGUGUCCGAUACCUUCAAGCUGCGCCAUCCGUACAUUCCUUUCGAGUACGACAAGAUGGUUCUCGAGAGCAGCUCCCUGUACCUGCUGAAGUCGCUGGAGACGGGCCUGGAGUUCAAGGGGCAGAUGGUGCAGUCGAGCAUGCCGGACGGCCUGCCGGUGUUGUUGUUCCUGGGCUCCCCCCGGGUGGCUAACCUGGAGGAAAUGUCCGUACACGGCAUCUUCCUUUCGGACAUUCCGCUGCACGACAUGAGCAGGGACUUCGUACUACUGGCAGAGCAGCGCCAGGCAAGUUUGCUGGGGUUGCUUAGUUUUUUGGAGUUGGGCUUGUUCUGUGCAGGGCUCUUGUAUUGCUUCAUUCGAGUUUGGGGAUUUAGGGCCGAGGCUGACCUGAAGGAGCGUUUCGAGAAGAUGGCUGUGGAGCUGCGUGUCGCUAACGAGCGCCUGGAGCAGGCUACCCGCUGGCUGGAUGAGGAGCGGCAGCGCAGCGACGCGCUGCUGUACCGCAUGUUGCCCGCGGAUAUCGCGACGGAUCUGCGUGAGGGAAAGAAGGUGGAGGCCAUAUCCUACCCCGAAGUCACGAUCCUGUUUAGCGACAUGGUCGGCUUCACGACCACCUCGGCCAAGUCCACGCCUGAGGAGGUUUACAACAUGCUCAACGAGAUGUACGACAAGUUCGACGAGCUGGUUGACGAAUUUCCCGACGUCUACAAACUGGAAACCAUUGGAGAUGCGUACUUUUUAGUGUGUAAUAUGACCACCCAUUGUGAAAAACACGUGGACGUCGUCAUCGACUUUGCCGUACACAUGCAGGCGCUGGCGAGGAAGGUGAAGAACGCGCAGGGCGAGCCCGUUCAGAUCCGGAUCGGGAUUCACACGGGGCCUGUGGUGGGGGGCGUGCUCGGCGCCAAGACGCCCCGCUUCUCCAUCUACGGCGAUACCGUCAACGUGGCCUCCCGCAUGGAAAGCCACGGCCUGCCGGGGAAAAUCCACAUUAGUGAGGCAGCCUACAACAGAAUUGUGGACAAGGACAAGUACGCGGUUCGGGAGCGGGGCAAUAUCGCGGUGAAAGGAAGAGGCAACAUGACGACGUAUCUCAUCGGUGGCACCAAUGACGACUGGCUGCUGCGGCACACUUCCCUGGAUUUGCAAGUGGAUGGGGUGUCAGGUCACCUUCGAGAUGGUUCCUUUAUUGUUACCGCGUCCGGGAGGUCAGCGGAGAGUUUGGCUCCCAGUCGUACGGGCGGGAUGGAGGCGAUCAAGGAGGGCGAUGAGGACCGUAGCUCCCGAAACAACGGUGACGUCACCAUGCCAGGGAGUAACGCCAGCAUCACCAACAGCACCAGCAAUAAUCGCGACGUCAGCAUCCGCUACGGCGGCGGCGCCACUGGCGCCGCCGCCUGCCAGUCGGGCGUCUCACACCACAACAGCAGUAGCGGCCAGAUGCUGCAGCUGAUAUCCGCGGCGAGGGGCUCCACCGAAGGCGGCCUUGUCGCUGGCGGCAUUGAUGCGUUUAUCAGCCCGCAGGCUGCCGCCGCCGCCACCGCAGCCGUAGCAAUGGGCGGCGCCGCCAUCGGCGGCGGCGGCGGUAGCGGCGCCGGAUCCUUCCGGGAUGGCCCCUCCGGGCUGGUGCGCGAUGGCUCCCUGCGCGAGGGGUUGCCGCCUUCGGGAGGCCAUGCGGUGGGUGUGAACCGCGACACGUCCUUCCGCGCCGUCUAUGCACGCGGCGCCGGCCGGCCAGGUACGAGCAGUGCCAAUCCGCUGGCGGCAGCGACUCGUAGCGGAGCGAUGGCUGGAUCGUCGUUGAACAGCUUGAUGGCGACGGGCAGCGUUGGUGGCGCCGCCGCCGCCAACCAGAGCACUGACGGCGAGCACGGUCUGCCAUCGGAAAGCCACGGGGUAUUGGUCGAUUUCAAUUCACGUGCCGCAGGUGGUAAUGGUGGCAGCGGUGGCGGGGGAAACGGAAACAACUCCCCUCACCACCCCGUUGAGCUGUCGCCUCUGUCGCGUCCGGAGCUUUCCGGCGGUUCCGGAGCCGUACUGAUGCAUCGUACGGGGAUCGUACUGGCCCGCAGCGCCACGGCUAAGACCCCGCCUGUGGUGUCGACAAGCUUAUCGGGGAUGCCACCGACGGUGGCAUAUAGCCGUUCAGUUUGUACCAUGCUGAUGAGGAGGAUAAUGAAACCCUAA